GGAUCUCCGGGGCCGGGCACAGGCGAGAGGCCGAGGCCUCAGGCGGCUCGGCUUCCGGUGCAGGAGGCGGAGGGGAGGCCGCUGAUCAGCGAAGGUCAGGUGUACAGUGUUGGUAGCAGUUAAACACUGCAAGAAGACUGGAAUAAUGUUCACACUCAAAGAAGUCUACUGUGCGUGGAAAGAGUUUUCAAAGCAAACUUGGCACAAGAAAGAAUGAUUUCAUUCUGUUUAAUGCACAGAAACACUCACAGAUUCAACACCUUCCAGACAGUCUCCAAACUGCCUCAGAAAAGGCUGAACAGCAUCACUUUCCCUCUCAUAGACAUGGAAAGGUACUUGGAUAGCAAUGUGAGCAAAACUAAUUUUCGAAUAUUUGACCCAAGUUUUGACGAUAUUAGUUUUGCAGAACAAUUUUUCACACCUUCAAGCAAUCACUUUAUACACUAUUACACUUCUGCUGUCAGGAUGGAACAUGCACCGUCAGUAGCUAAACCAGAGGUGUGUUUUAUAGGUAGAAGCAAUGUGGGAAAGUCUUCAUUGAUAAAAGCCUUGUUUUCUCUGGUUCCUGGUCUAGAAGUUAGAGUAUCCAAAAAUCCCGGGCACACAAAAAAGAUUAAUUUCUUUAAAGCAGGGAAAACUUUUACUUUGGUGGACCUGCCUGGUUAUGGAUACAAAGCACCUACUGAUUUUGUGGAAAUGGUGGAGGACUACCUCAAAACAAGACACAAUUUAAAGAGAACAUUUUUGCUGUUGGAUGGUUCAAUAGGAAUCCAAAAAGCAGAUCAAAUAGCUAUUGAUAUGUGUGAGGAAUUUGGAAUUCCAUAUGUUCUUGUAGUAACGAAGAUUGACAGGCCUCAGCGGGGUAACCUGCUGAAGAACAUUCUAGACAUACAGCAGAUAAUAGAAAAACAAACUAAAGGAUGCUUCCCUCAGCCCUUCCUUGUUAGUUCUUUGAAUUAUUCUGGGAUUCAUCUUCUGAGGUGCUUCAUAGCUCAUGUAACUGGAAACCUUCAGAAAAAUAAAGCAUGAUUUAUUUUCAUUGUGAUCUCUUGGAAAAUCAGAUGGAAUAUGAACAUACUUAUCCAAGAGUCUACCAUCAGGAAUCCAGAGAAAUGAAUACUGGCUUGACUGUAUUCACUCAGUGCAGACCCUUUUGACAUUAAAAUAUUCUUCAACUUUGACCAUGUUAUUUUUAAGUGCAUCAUUAUAAUUUAUUAUUUUGUAAUACUGUAAUUUUGUAAUAUU